AUGCAGGUGCAGCUGGGACAAGUGGAUAUAAAAUGCCCCAUCACAGAGUGCAGCGAACACCUGGAUGAAAAAACUGUCCUCUAUAACCUGCCCCAUGACGACAUCAUCAAGUAUAAAUAUUUCCUGGAACUCAGCCGCAUUGACUCCAGCACCAAGCCGUGCCCUCAGUGCAAGCACUUUACAACCUUCCGGAGGAGAGGCCACAUUCCUAACCCUGCCAAAUUGGAGAACAAAUACAAAAUCCAGUGUCCAUCUUGCCAAUUUGUCUGGUGUUUCAAGUGCCACUCUCCCUGGCAUGAAGGCGUUAACUGCAAAGAAUACAAGAAGGGAGACAAGCUGUUACGUCACUGGGCCAACGAAAUCGAACACGGGCAAAGGAAUGCCCAGAAGUGUCCAAAAUGCAAGAUCCACAUCCAGAGAACUGAAGGGUGUGACCACAUGACCUGUUCACAGUGCAACACUAAUUUCUGUUACCGUUGUGGGGAGAGAUACCGCCAGCUCCGCUUCUUUGGAGAUCACACGUCAAACCUCAGUAUCUUUGGAUGCAAAUAUCGCUACCUCCCCGAGAGACCACAUUUACGGAGAUUAGUGCGAGGGUCUGUCUGUGCUGGAAAACUACUCAUUACACCCCUAAUACUGGUUCUGGGACUGGCACUGGGAGCUGUAGCUGUUGUAAUAGGUUUAUUUGUGUUUCCUAUCUAUUGCCUUUGUAAAAAGCAGAGGAAAAGGUCACGGACAGGUAUGCCCUGGUAAGGAUGGACCUUACUCUCCUGAACUGAGCUGGUCCUGCAAGGGCUAUAUGCGCUUUGUGCAGCAGAGCAAUACAGAGCUGGUCACAGCAUCAAAGCCACCGCCCUGGAAGAAGAAUGGGAAGUUCUCCUGUCGUCUUCCCUCCGCUGAAAACACUACUGCAGACCAGAAAGCCUCUUUGCUCUGGUGCACUCUGAACAAGAUGAGCCCCCUGACUGCUACUUUUUAAAUGCUUUGGGUUUUGUUUUUUCAGUUAUUAUUUUUGAGGGGUUUUUUUGAAUCUAAGUUUCUGAACCAGACAAUCAAAGUCUGUAUCGUAGCCACAACUCUACUACCGAUUUGGCCUGUGAAGAAAGCAUUUAACUGCUAACAUGUGCUCCGUUCAACUUCAGUGUCGGCCUUUCAGGGGGAAAUGCUUAGAAGUGUUUGGACUCUUACUGUAUACUGAGCAUACUACUUUUGGUAUUAAAAAUGACUUCUGUAAAUAA